AUGGAGAAAAGGGAAGUUCACCUCUAUUUUAACUUUAUUGCAGCUGCAUGUGCAUUUUUGUUGUUUCCAGUGUAUGCAACAUUGAAUGAUGAAGAUUAUAUAUCGGCAAUUGGCGAUUCUGGUAUGAGAAGAGAUGGUCUUAGAGUUGCAAUUGAGUCGUGGAAUCAGUGCAAUGAGGUUGGGAAAGAAGCACCAAACAUGGGUAGUCCAAGAAUGGCAGAUUGCUUUGAUCUCAUAUUUUGCGAACAGAAUGUGGACUUGGUUCACAGGGUGCAUGAAUGGCAGAACAGGCUAGGCAUAUCAAGCAAUUCAUCCAUUCCUUUGAGUUCAUUGAGUACCAACAAGUACGCAGCUAUGAAGGAAUUAUACUUGGGUGCCAUAUGUGAAGUUUUAGAUACUCCAAGGCCAUGGCAAUUCUGGAUGAUAAUGCUAAAGAGUGGCAACAUGGACACCUUAGCUGCAGUGUGUCCAAACAAUGGCUUCAAAGCAAAGCCAUUCCCACAGUCACCUGAUUUUCCUUGCUUUGGAAAAGGGUGUAUGAAUAUGCCUUCAAUGUACCACAAGCAUACCAAGGUGUAUGGAGAUGAAAGAAAGAUCAUGAAGGGAAGUUUCUAUGGGUCAUGGGACUUGAAUGUUGAUACUGCAACAGCAGCUAAUGUGAAUGACACAUCUUAUUAUUCUGUGACUUGGGAGAAGGAAGUGGGUAAUGGAAGCUGGGUCUUUCACAAUGUGUUGAAGACAUCUUCUAAAUAUCCAUGGCUAAUGCUCUAUUUGAGAUCAGAUGCCACAGCAGGGUUCUCUGGGGGGUACCAUUAUGAAACAAGAGGCAUGUCAAAAAUAGUACCAAAGUCACCACAUUUUAAGGUAACAUUCACCCUUGAUAUCAAAAAGGGAGGUGGUCCAAAGAGCCAAUUCUACCUCAUGGACAUAGGAAGUUGUUGGAAGAACAAUGGGAAGCCAUGCAAUGGAGAUGUCACCUCUGAUGUUACAAGAUAUAGUGAAAUGAUCAUAAACCCGGAAAUUGAACCAUGGUGCAAACCAGAUCAGCUUCAACAUUGUCCUCCUCAUCAUAUCUUUGCAAAUGGCACCCAGGUUUACCGGACCGACGCCGCCAACUUCCCCUAUGACGCCUAUCAUGUCUACCGGGCUCCAGGCAAUGCCAUGUUUUUGGAGAAACCAGUAAAGACCUCUGACCCAUAUAGUAACCCGCAGCCUCAAGAGAUACUCCAAAUUUUGCCCCACCCGGUUUGGGGCGAAUACGGGUACCCAACAAAGAAAGGUGAAGGUUGGGUUGGUGAUUCAAGAACUUGGGAGCUUGAUGUUGGAAGGCUCUCUCAGUCCAUCUAUUUUUAUCAGGAUCCAGGUACUAAGCCUGUGGAAAGAUACUGGUCAUCUAUUACCUUGGGGACUGAAAUAUACAUAAGUGGUGUUGGCCACCUAGCAGAAUGGACGGUAAGCAACUUUGAUAUUAUUAUCCCCAAGCAUGCUUACUGA